AAGGGUCAGGAGGAAGAGGAGAAGAUCAUCCUACAGCAGGCAACAAUCUGCAUCAUCUCAUCAUGAAGACACUUUCUGUGUGUUUGCUGCUUUGUGUCGUGACGACUCUGACCAGAGCUGCUGCUGUUCCUGAAGCAGCAGCUAAAAAUGAUCAAGUCGCUAAGAGUCACCUGUUCAAGAGGUCAGCGUCUUGUUCUGGUGGAUGGUCCGAGUUCAACGGUCGCUGUUUCCGCUACGUUCCCAGACCCAUGACUUGGGCUAAAGCCGAGAAAAACUGUCAGGCUUUUGGUGGAAACCUGGCAUCGGUGCAUGACAUUACGGAGUACCACGAGCUUCAGAGGCUGAUAAUGACGGCCAGCUAUGAGUACAAAGAAACUUGGAUUGGAGGCUCCGAUGCUCAGCAGGAGAAUGUCUUUCUCUGGAGUGAUGGAAGACCUUUCCACUACACCAACUGGUGUCCUGGAGAGCCGAAUAACGGUCGAACCACUCAGCACUGUGUCCAGAUGAACUUUGGAGACACCAAAUGCUGGGACGAUUUACAGUGUUCGUAUCGUCGUCCGUCUGUCUGUGCCAAAAAAAUCUGAUGAUUCCUGGGAAAUGAAGUACCGAUACAAAACACAAAUGCUCACUUUGUGUUUACAUGUUCUUACUUCUUUGUGUAAUCUGUGUCAUGUUGAAACCGAAGGCUCUUUAUAUCUCUUUAAAGCUUUAUAUUUGUUUAUUGCUGUAACGCAACUGAAGGAACAGAGCAACAAGCCACACAAACAGAAAGUGGAUCGUCUCCGAGGCCUGGUGCCUUUAAUUAGAGUGAAUGUGGAAUGAAAAGAAAGCUUUUAGCACAACUCUCCUUUCUUGUCUUUUGCAACAUUAAAAGUUUCAAGCAUUGAAUCAAA